UUUUGUUUUCUCUUUAUUCCAGAAGCCUCCUCAGCUUUCCGAGGAUGAUAUCCGGCUGAAAAAGGAGAGAGACAACUGUUGUGCCAACCUCCCGGAGCCUGCCACCAGCUCUCUUCUCCCAGAUCACAAAAACAUGGAAAUUGAGGUGUCUGUUGCAGAAUGUAAAAGUGUUCCUGGAAUCACCUCCACCCCACAUUCCGUGGACCACCCCUCCCCUUUCUAUUCGCCCCCUCUUAAUGGCCUCCUCACUGAUCACCACGAGUCCCUGGAUAACGAUGUGGCCAGAGAGAUCCGGUAUCUAGACGAGGUGCUGGAAGCCAACUGCUGUGAUUCUGUUGUGGAUGGAACUUACAACGGAACAUCGUCCCCGGAGCCUGGCGCAGCGAUCCCGGUGGGCAGCCUGAGCCCCCCUGCCCACGCAGCCCUCCAGCCAGAACCCGCUGGGAGAGCAGCCGGCAGGCAGGCGCCUCCCCACACUGAGCUCAGUGAAAGCAACUCUGACCCCAUGGCAGACGGGGAAAGAGCAAACGGCCACCCCCCUGGCCAGCCCCGAGAUAGGCUGGGGGACGGGCUGCAGGCUCCCAUGAGCCCCAGCUCCUCAGCCAGCUCCUGGUGCUCAUCCCGAGACGGGGAGCUCACGCUCACCACGCUGAAGAAGGAGGCCAAGUUCGAGCUGCGCGCCUUCCACGAGGACAAGAAGCCGUCCAAGCUCUUCGAGGAGGACGAGUGCGAGAAGGAGCAGUACCGUGUCCGGAAAGUGAGGCCCUCAGAAGAGAUGCUGGAGCUGGAGAAGGAGAGGAGGGAGCUCAUCCGCAGCCAGGCGGUGAAGAAGAAUCCUGGCAUCGCCGCGAAGUGGUGGAAUCCCCCCCAGGAGAAGACCCUCGAGGAGCAGCUGGAUGAGGAACAUCUGGAGUCCCACAAAAAGUACAAGGAGCGUAAGGAGAGAAGGGCACAGCAGGAACAGCUGCUGCUGCAGCAGCAGUUGCAACAGCAGCAGCAGCAGCGGCCCCCACCGCAGCCCUGCGCAGCCCCUGCGUCCUCCUAUGAACGUCCAAGCGUGACUGACAAGGCGAAGGAGGACAUCGUCACAGAGCAGAUAGAUUUCUCUGCUGCCCGCAAACAGUUCCAGCAGAUGGAGACUUCCAGGCAAACAGUGGCCAAGGGCCAGAGUACACCCAGGCUGUUCUCCAUCAAGCCUUUCUACAGGCCUCUGGGGUCGAUUAACUCCGACAAGCCACUGACUGUCUCGAGACCAGCUUCUGUCGGGGGACCUCCAGAAGACAGUAACGCAUCAGCAGCCAAGGCCCCCUGUGCCCUUGAGAGCCAGUCGGGGGGAGGAGGCCAGGGCGGCACAGCCCCCCAGGGGAAGGAAGGGCCCUACAGUGAGCCAUCUAAACGGGGGCCCUUAUCUAAACUGUGGGCAGAGGACGGAGAGUUUACAAGCGCCCGGGCGGUCCUCACCGUGGUCAAGGAUGAUGACCAUGGGAUCUUGGAUCAGUUUUCAAGAUCAGUCAAUGUCUCCUUGACCCAAGAGGAGCUCGACUCUGGUUUGGAUGAGUUGUCAGUGAGGUCCCAAGAUACCACGGUCCUGGAGACCCUGUCCAAUGAUUUCAGCAUGGACAACAUCAGUGACAGUGGUGCCUCCAAUGAGACACCCAAUGCCCUCCAGGAAAACUCACUGGCUGAUUUUUCUCUGCCCCAAACGCCACAAACUGACAACCCCUCAGAGGGCCGAGGAGAAGGUGUCUCCAAGUCGUUCAGUGAUCAUGGUUUCUAUUCCCCUUCAUCCACCCUGGGAGACUCUCUGUCGGCUGAUGACCCGUUGGAAUAUCAGGCUGGUCUGCUGGUGCAGAAUGCCAUUCAACAAGCCAUAGCCGAGCAGGUGGACAAAGCUGUGUCCAAAACCAACAAGGAUGGAGGGGUACCGCAGGGACCUGAAGCAACUCUAGAGGAAGCUGAAAUUGGGGCUUCCAGCUCAGAGAAGCCCCAGAGCAUGUUUGAGCCACCCCAGGUAUCCUCUCCUGUUCAAGAGAAAAGGGAUGUCAUACCAAAGAUUCUGCCCGCUGAAGACAGGGCGCUCAGGGAAAAGGGGCCCUCCCAGCCGCUGCCAGCCGUGCAGCCCAGUGGCCCAAUAAACAUGGAGGAGACCAGGCCUGAAGGGGGCUAUUUCAGCAAGUACUCGGAGGCUGCCGAGCUGAGAAGCACAGCCUCCCUCCUGGCCACUCAAGAAUCCGACGUGAUGGUUGGGCCCUUCAAACUGAGGUCCAGGAAGCAGCGGACUUUGUCCAUGAUCGAAGAAGAGAUCCGAGCAGCUCAGGAAAGGGAAGAGGAGCUGAAGAGGCAGAGGCAGGUCCUGCAGAGCACACCGAGCCCCAGGACGAAGAACGCCCCAGCACUGCCCUCCAGAACUCCAAGCUACAAAACCGCCCCAGGGAAAAUAGAGAAAGUCAAACCUCCUCCAUCCCCUACCACUGAAGGCCCAAGCUUGCAGCCUGACUUAGCCCCCGAAGAGGCUGCCGGAACCCAGCGGCCCAAGAAUCUGAUGCAGACCCUCAUGGAAGACUAUGAGACACACAAAUCUAAAAGGCGCGAGAGAAUGGAUGAUAGUAGUGUCCUUGAGGCCACACGGGUUAAUCGAAGAAAGAGUGCAUUGGCCUUGCGCUGGGAAGCAGGGAUCUAUGCCAACCAGGAGGAAGAAGACAAUGAAUAAACUUCCUUCGACCCAGGAAGCUUCUUUGGUGCUUGGGAUACCAAGAAACCAAGAAAAUAACAACUCAAAGCAUUUUAAUGGACUAUUUAUUAAAGUGCAAACAAACUCAGCAAUCCUUAUGUAGACCAGAAGCUGCAAUACACAAUGAUGAAAAAAUGAAAUGAAAUGAAAAGGAAGUCCACUCUUCAGAUGCUGACACCCAGGAGUCAAAAGAGAAAGGAUUUUUUUAUGUGACUCAAAGAAUCUCAAUGUCUGGAUUUGGACCAAUCCACAAUUGAUCCAAAAGGACAAAGACUUGACAAGCAAAUCAGCAUAGCUGCUGCUGGCAGAAACAAGACCAGCCUCUUUGGGUGAUGAGGAAGAACAGUGCGGGUAGGGCCAUUUAGGGAGCUACAGGGCCCAGGCUGGCGCAGUCUACUUGGCACAGGAUGUCUCUCUGCACCAGUUUCCCACCCAUCACUCAUAGCAUCAGAGGUGUUGUAUUAAUUCCAUUUUCUCCAGCAGCCAUAAAAUGAAUGGUGUUUCUCUCCAUAUUUGCCGAGAAGAGGCAGUUAUGAUUCCAUUUCUCUUACAUUUAGUUUUUUUUUAAUUAAUUGGGAACAACUCAUGAUCUCAAUCCAUACAAUCCUUAUUUUUAAGACAAUAUGUCUUCAUGUUGCAAACACAAUCUCUUCUACAUUAGGAGGCUGAGAAAGGGGGAGAAAACCAAAUGGAUAAUUUUAGCUUUAGGAUCGUGUCUGCUUAUAAUAUAUUGAUUGAUCUGCAGUUUAUGAGAACGCAUUUUCACCAUUAUGUUUCUUCAUAUGAAAACUAUAUUUAGUGGGCAACAACUAUUUUUAUGAUGGGAUGGGGGAAUAUAUACAUGUAUAAAAUCUGUACACAUUGAACAACUUGGUUCAAGAUGGUAGGGGUAUUUUUAGAGUGGCAAUAAUUGACAAAAAGGGCAAACUCUGCCUUAGAGAGGUGGAUGACAUGAAAUAAAAAGGUGUUUAUAACUAUUUUCUAAUAUACAGUGGGCCUUAGAGGUAGGAAGAAGAAUGAUGGAUUGUUUUAGAUCAAUCAGAAAGGAAACAUGAGAGAAAUGUCAUGAAGUUGAGAGAGAAAAAGGGAGGGAGGGAGAAAGAGUGGGAAGAAAAUGAGGAGGGAAGAGAUAUUAUUUUUGCUGAGCAACCAGUGUUUUUUCAGGAUGAUACAAAGAAAAAUAUAGAAUAGAAAUUUAAGUGCAGGCUUGGAAUCAACUACAAAUCCUAAAGAUGGGGUGUGUGUGUGUGUGUGUGUGUGUGUACCUUUGUGUGUUUGUGUAAGGUGUGUGUGUGUGUGCGUGUGUAUAUUAAAAUUCCAGAAUGAUCAUGGCACUUGGGUGUACAGUUAAUUCCUCCAAAGCUGCUUGCCAGCUUCAGGAGUGAGUGAGAAUUUCUUUUUUAUGAAAAGGGAUAUAAAGGCACCGAGCUGAUGCAGUAUUUGUAAUAUUAAAUUGACCUGACAUGGUAUUUGCAUGAGUCACGAUUGCGAGGUUUUGAGCAAGUUUUGUAAUUUGACAUUUAGGAAAGUAUCCUAUUUAUUCUCAUGCUUUGUAUUCAUGCUUAGUAUAUGAUAGAGGAUGCCAGCUUUAAUCUUUGUCAUUCAAAGCAAUAUGAUAAGGGUAUUCAAUAAUCGGGUGCCCUAAAUUUCUGGAUGAGAAAAUUUUCAGUUCUGGCCAUUAGAAAAAAACCCAACUAACCAGCCUUCUUUUUUUUCUUCUUUGUUUUAAAACUGUGGGUUUUUUUUUUUUAAAAAAGCAAUAAUUAAGUCAGACCUCACUGAAAUUCAUUUUUGUUUUUCUAUUGUCAUGUCAUAAGCUCUAACAAGUAGUAGUUCCACAAAAUUUGUAUAUAGACGUUACGCACAUUACCUUUGCUUCUUUUAUUAGACUAGUGUUGACUUUGGGGUGGGGAGAGUUUAUUCACAGGCAAGUAGUUGACAUGAAGUAAAAAAUGGAAUUGUCUAAUAACAAGGAUGCUUUAAAACUGCCAAGGGAACCUGUAAUUUGAAGGCAAAUUCUACAGAUGGUAGCCGAAAUAGCACAUGGGAAGUUGGCACCAUCUUUAUAUGGUUCAUUCUCCUGAAUAUUCUGAAUGAAUUUUCAACAAAAUGUGCUAGCCUUUGGGGAUGCAAAACCAAUAAGAUCCCUGCUGCAAAGCAUUUAUUUUUAUGGUGGGGGAGUCUGGCAUGGAGACAGCCAUUCCCAGGAAAGUGAGAUCUGGGUAGAAGUCCCGACAGGUGCAAUGGGAGUACCCGGGAGAGAGGACCAUCUUUGCCUAAGCGUUUCCAGCCGGAGGUCCCUGAUGAUGAUGAUGAUGCUGAUGCCUGGGCUGAAGACCCAGCGAUGAGGAGGCGUUCCCAAGGCAGACACAGGGACAGGAACAGAGGAGCCAGCUGCAUCCUGUGGCCUCAGGCACCGUGGCAGCUAGGAUGGCUGGAGAGUAGAAUAGUUCUGUGGGUCACACAAAGAAAUAAAACAUGCUUCAUGUUUUCUGGACUGACUGGUGGAUCCUGUAGGGCUUCCAGGCGUGACCUAGACUAACUCCCCCAUUUUCCACGAGAGGAAACCAUCCUUAUGACUUACCUUAAAGUUUUUUGUUCUAUUUGGAAGGAAACCAUGUACCUACAUGAAACCGACAUUUGAGAAGAGAAUUUGCAGCUGAAAGGAAAGCUUAGGAGGCCUUAAAAUUCACGGAAUUGCUUUAAAAGCAGACAAAGGGGUCUUUGACCACAGUUGAUUGAACCAGAAGCACUAAUUGCUUAAGGAAUAACAGAGUUACAGAGCUGGGGGCCUUUCGGCCCCACUCUAUGUGCAGAGAAGGAAACAAAUGUAGUUUCUGUGACUCCCGAGGUCACCAAGCUGUUUUCACUGUGGCCCCUACGUCCCCAACAUCUGCUAGUUCCCCUGCGCCGCCUUCCGGAUGACUGCUGUCUGUUUUCUCGCUCUACUCACUGAGAAUCCUGUUCUUAUCCUAUUAAAAUGUAAAUUACAGUUCCCUCAGGAGAGCCAGAUUUUCUCUGUGCUCUUGAGUUUUUAAUUCAUUCAGGAAACAUUGAACAAGCCCCUGCUUUGUACAUAGCACCGUGCUGGGCUCUGGGAUCCCAGAUGAACCCCUUUAACUUUCUGAAGAUGGAACCAACCCCUGGAGGAAAGUCACUCCUGCCUAAUCCCUGGAGAGUGAGAGGCUUAUGAAAAACUUAGCCUCUGAUGCUCGGCCCUACCCCCAAAUAGCACACAAGCUUGUUUAAUCUCAACUGUAACAAAUGUUUAGAUUCUGUAGACCUUAAAAGCCUUCCGGAGAGUAUUCCGUUCUGCAGUGUUUAUAGACGUUCACUUUCCUCCAGAGCUGAUUGCUGACAUACCUUGGCUUUCUCAUCCAGAAAUUAUGGAAACAGGGUCUGUCAGUGGCAGGAGGCCGGGCUGUGUUCUACUUGGAUGACACAAUGCAAUUUACUUUCCUCUUUACUCCCGUGCAUGCUGCCCACCCCAGGCAAAGUCACAUAAGCAGUAUAUAGAUCAGUGUCCACAUAUAUAUACACACACACAUAUAUAUAUAUAAACGUAACAAGGAACACGAUGAUAGUGUUGACUUUUGUCUCUGAAGACAAAUAAGUAAACGUUUUUCCAACUAAAGAAUGGAUUUAAUUAAGCUAUGUAUUGAAAAAAAAAUAGCCUAAGUGUUAGAGAUGGUGAAUAUAUCCAGUUUUAGUUAUAAAACCAAUUUCCUGAAUUUUAAGCAUUCAGUGAGCUGCCAAUUUUGAUUUUGUGUUGCUCUUUACCCAAAUGAAUUUUUAUUUCUUUUUCUGUUUUGGGGGAGGGAGGAGGGGGAAAAAGCAGCAAUACUGUGUUUGGAAGUUAUACUCUGUAUCUGGCUUUCCUGUGUAUGUUAACCACUUCAAUGUUAUUAUCCUGCUUUGGUUUUAUAGUGAUUGUGAGGCAUUCGAUGCAAGUAUACAAUUAUUUUCUCAUUAAAACCCAGUGUGUGUUGUGUUUUCAUAAA